AUCUUUUAAUCACUACGGCACCACCGACCGAGAGAGCAGUAUUUACCGACAAGCACUAUAAAUAGGGAUCACGUCCACGAGGCGCGGAGUUUCAUUUGAACUUCGCGGUCUGUACUCCAGAGUCCAUGGUUGGAAAGCUCUCCGAGGCGAUACUGCGAGAGGGACAAACUGAUUUCUAGGGUUUUCUCUUCGAUUUCGCAAUGCAGAAGCUAGGGCUUUUGGGGGCAAGGAGCUUGGAUCAAUUCAAAUCCAUACCGGGAUCCAUCUCGAGGAAUGCACAGACCCUUGGGAUGACUUCCCGUUCGUCCUCGGAGUCGCUCACAAUGGGAAGUUUCGCGAAUUUGAAGAUUACUGCAGAGAAAUUGGUUAAGGAGCAAGCGUCCGUGAAAACAGAUCUGGAAAUGGCGAACUCGAAGCUGAAGAAAUCAAUGGAGCAUAUUCGGACAUUGGAGGAAAAAUUGCAGAAUGCUUUUAACGAAAAUGCAAGGCUUAAAGUGAAGCAGAAAGAGGAUGAAAAGCUCUGGAAAGGAUUGGAAUCGAAAUUCUCUUCAAUGAAGACCUUAUGCGAUCAAUUGAUGGAAACUUUACAACAGUUGGCUGGUCAGGUUCAGGAGGCUGAAAAAGAUAAGGCGUUUUUUGAAGAGAAACUAUCCGAAAGUUCAAAAGAUCUUGAGAAUUUGCACAACCAGAUGAAUGGUCUAUCUUUAAAAAUAGAUUCUGCGGAGGAAACUACUAGAAAUCGUGAAAAAGAGCUGAUGGAACUAAGAACUAAGAAAGGGGAAAUGGAGAAAUUUUACAGAGAUGAACAGUGCAGAACGACCAAUCUCUUAGAAGAGAAAGAUGCUGAGAUCAAGCACUUUGAAGAAACUGUAGCAGCUAAUCGAUUGGUGACAGAGAGUUUGAAUUCUGAAUUGAGAGAGCUGCAGCUUGAGUUAAGAUCAAAAGAUAAUGACUUUCAGCAUUUGAGUAUCUCUCAUAAAAACCUGGAGAAAGAAAAGAGUGAUCUUCAAGCAAACAAUGAUGAUUUUGCUCAGAAAUUAGUUACAGCUCUUCAGGACAUUAAAAAGCUGGAAGAUCUGGUUCAUGUGUUGGUGACAAAUUUGAUUCAGUUGGAUAAACAAAGCAUGUCCUUUACGGACAUGGUUGUUCAGUUAAAAACCGUGUAUGAAUCAUGGGUUAAGUUGUUGCAGCAGGAGAGAGACCUUGCAACCAAGCAUGCUCAACAACAAUAUGAUGAACUCCAUGAUAAGUUCUUGCACAGUAUAUCAGAAAAUGAUGCAUUGCAAUUGGUAAAUAAGGAGUUAAACAGCAGGAUCAAUGAACUUCAGAAGGUCCAAGAAUUUGUCAUGGUACGGCAUGCAGAGGAAUGCCAUUUAGCUGAAGAGAGAAAUCGGCGGUUGGAAUCUGAAGUUGAAAUUCUUGUUUCAAAGAAGACUGAAAUGGAAUUACUGGUUUCCCAACUGGAGGAGAAAAAUAAAAGUUUAUCAGAAAGUUCAAAAUUAUCUGAGAGUAAAAUGCAAGAGUUAUUGCUAAAAUUUUCUACAUUGGAAUCUGAUAACAAAGAUUGUAUGGAGAAAUUACAAGCAGAAAUACAUAAAAGAACUGAAGAAACAGAUAUUCUGCAGAAGGAGAUUGGGAAGCAUGAGCAACAUGUAGAUUCAUUGGAGAAUCAAAUAAGCCAGCUUCACAAUACUUUGGACGAGAAGGAAAAGCUCAUUCAUCUACAAGAACAUGAAGAGAAACAGCUGGAAUAUCAAAAAGCAGAGAUACAGGCAUUGCUUGCUGCGGCUGAAAGUAAGCUUGCUGAAGAUAAAAAGCAAUAUGAUCUGAUGUUAGAAAAUAAACAGUUAGAAUUAUCAAGGCACUUAAAGGAAAUAUCUCAGAGGAAUGAUCAGGCAAUUAAUGACAUCCGGAAGAAGUAUGAGGUGGAAAAGCUGGAGAUUGUUAAUCUUGAAAAAGACAAGGCAGACAAAGUUAUCAGAGAGAUGGAAAGGAAAUGUGAACAAAAGCUUGCAGAAUGCAGAGAAGAAUCAAAUCAAUGUUUGAUAAGCAUUAAGGAGGAACAUGCUGCUUUGGUCAGUCACAUUCAGCAGGAGCAUGAUAGAAAGGAAUCAAGUCUUAAAGCUGUUCACAGUGAAGAGCUGAGACGCAUCCAUCUUCAAGCUGAAAAUGAGUUGAGAGAGAAAACAAUGUCACUGAGGAAUGACCAUGAAGUCCAGGUAAGGGCUUUGAAGAUGCAGCAUGGAGAUGAAUGUAGGAAACUUCAAGAAGAGUUACAUAUCCAGAAGUCCAAAGAGGAGAGGCAGAGAGCUUUACUGCAGUUGCAAUGGAAAGUAAUGAGUGACAAGCCACAGGAGGACCAAGAAGUCAACUCAGAGAAGGAUUACUCAAUCUCAUCAAUCAAGAUGAGAAAUUCUGACAAUGGUAGGAAGAGUCAGCGUGCUCUGCUACGAACAGAGAAUGAAGAGGAUCCACCUUUCCUGAGAGCAUCACAGACGCCAGUGUCAAACUUGCUGAAGAAAGUAGAGAAAGUAAACACUGGAAGUGUAAUGAGUAUUCCAAAGCACAGUAGGAAGCUUACUGCACCUGCCUUUGAUUUCAUUAUAUGGAAGGUCACUCAUCGCGAGUAUGAGGUUGAGACAGCUAAUGGAAAAACAAUAACAAAAAGAAGGAAAACGAAAAGUACAGUCAUGUAUGGGGACCCAAGAAAACGCAAGAAUAUGGAUAACCCGAGGAGCAGAAAUGUCAAGGGAAUUAAGGGGGGGGAUCCCUCACAACCAUCAAAUAUUGGUGAUUUGUUCACAGAAGGCUCUCUGAAUCCAUAUGCAGAUGAUCCUUACGCAUUUGAUUAGAUGCAUUCAUUUGCAACUACUCAUUCUAUUGCUAAAUCUGGAAGUGGUCAAAUUGUAAUACUUCUUUCUUCGUUUGUUUUUUUAUUUUUUUAAAUAGAAUUUUCAUACUUAGUCGAUGAUAUAUCUUAACUAAAUGAACUGCUAUGAUGGAUUUUCCA